CAGGAGCGUGAACGCGAGAGAGAGAAGUUGAAGGGAAAGAGGAAGGAGAGAGAAAGCGCUAGAGAGAGAGAGAGAGCUGAGAGAAAGAGAGAGAGAAAAAGAGAGGGAGAGAGAAAAACUAAAGCUGAAGGGGAUUAAAGUGCAGCUCUUCCACCAACAGACGGAUACACCCUCGGAGGAGCAGAGCAGCAGCCACCAUGUCGGAUGCGGAGAAGUUCCUUUAUGGUGACCGCAGUGCGGUCAGUGACCCGCUGGCCCAGGCCGACUGGGCGUCCAAGAAGCUGGUGUGGGUCCCAUCUGAAAAACUGGGCUUUGAGGCCGGUUCCAUUAAGGAGGAGAAGGGGGACGAAUGCCUGGUGGAGCUUUCUGACUCUGGCAAAAAGAUCAAAGUGAACAAGGAUGACAUCCAGAAGAUGAACCCACCCAAGUUCAACAAGGUGGAGGACAUGGCGGAGCUAACCUGCCUGAAUGAAGCCUCUGUGCUGCACAACCUAAAAGACAGAUACUACUCCGGUCUCAUUUAUACAUACUCCGGCCUUUUCUGUGUGGUUAUCAACCCCUAUAAAAACCUGCCCAUCUACACUGAAGAGAUUGUGGAGAUGUAUAAGGGCAAAAAAAGACAUGAGAUGCCCCCACACAUCUACGCCAUUACAGAUACGGCCUACAGGAGCAUGAUGCAGGAUCGUGAGGAUCAGUCAAUCCUGUGCACUGGUGAAUCCGGAGCUGGAAAAACUGAAAACACGAAGAAAGUGAUCCAGUAUCUGGCACAUGUUGCUUUAUCCUCAAAGAACAAGAAAGACCCAAGCAGCAGCAGUCUGUCCCAUGGGGAGCUGGAGAAGCAGCUUCUGCAGGCUAAUCCAAUUCUAGAGGCCUUUGGAAAUGCUAAGACAGUAAAGAAUGACAACUCAUCUCGAUUUGGUAAAUUCAUCAGGAUUAACUUUGAUGUCAACGGCUACAUUGUUGGAGCAAACAUUGAGACUUACCUGCUGGAGAAGUCCCGUGCCAUCAGACAGGCCAAAGAGGAGAGAACUUUCCACAUGUUCUACUACCUGCUCUCCGGAGCUGGAGACAAACUGCGCUCUGAGCUGUGUCUGGAGGACUACAGUAAAUACCGCUUCUUGUCCAAUGGUAAAGUGACCAUCCCUGGUCAGCAGGACCGGGACCUGUUUACUGAGACCCUGGAUGCCUUUAAGAUCAUGAGCAUCCCUGAGGAUGAGCAGACAGGUCUGCUGAAGGUGAUUUCUUCUGUUCUACAGUUGGGAAAUAUGAGCUUUAAGAAAGAGCGGAACUCUGAUCAGGCCUCCCUGCCUGAUGACACAGCGGCGCAGAAAGUUUGCCACCUACUGGGCAUGAAUGUGACCGACUUCACCCGAGCCGUUCUGUCUCCUCGCAUCAAGGUGGGUCGGGAUUUUGUGCAGAAGGCUCAGACCCAGGAGCAGGCAGAGUUUGCCACAGAGGCUCUGGCUAAAGCCACAUAUGAGAGGAUGUUCCGCUGGCUCGUCGCUCGCAUCAACAAAGCGCUUGACAAAACCAAGCGGCAGGGAGCCUCCUUCAUUGGUAUCCUCGACAUUGCCGGCUUUGAGAUCUUUGAGCUUAACUCAUUUGAGCAGCUGUGCAUCAACUAUACUAAUGAGAAGCUGCAGCAGCUGUUCAACCACACCAUGUUCAUCCUGGAACAAGAGGAGUAUCAGCGUGAGGGCAUCGAGUGGAGCUUCAUUGACUUCGGCCUUGAUCUGCAGCCCUGUAUUGACCUCAUCGAGAGACCGGCAGGUCCCCCAGGUAUCCUGGCUCUACUGGAUGAGGAGUGUUGGUUCCCCAAAGCCACGGACAAGAGCUUUGUGGAGAAAGUGGUGCAGGAACAGGGGAACCAUCCCAAAUUCCAGAAACCCAAAAAGCUUAAAGAUGAUGCAGACUUCUGUAUCAUGCACUAUGCUGGAAAGGUUGAUUAUAAAGCAGACGAGUGGCUGAUGAAGAACAUGGACCCUCUAAAUGACAACGUGACCACUCUGCUCAACCAGUCCUCAGACAAAUUUGUGUCUGAUCUCUGGAAAGAUGUGGACCGGAUUGUGGGAUUGGAUAAAGUGGCCGGAAUGGCAGACUCUGCGCAUGGAGCGUUCAAAACUCGUAAGGGAAUGUUCAGGACUGUGGGGCAGCUUUACAAAGAGCAGCUGAGCAAUCUGAUGACCACACUCAGAAACACCAACCCUAACUUUGUCCGCUGCAUUAUUCCAAACCAUGAGAAAAAGGCUGGUAAACUGGAGCCCCAUCUGGUUCUGGACCAGCUGAGGUGUAAUGGAGUUCUGGAGGGAAUCAGGAUCUGCAGGCAGGGCUUCCCCAACCGCAUUGUCUUCCAGGAGUUCAGACAGAGGUAUGAGCUGCUCACCCCCAAUGCCAUUCCUAAGGGUUUCAUGGAUGGAAAACAAGCCUGUGUGCUGAUGAUCAAAGCCCUGGAGCUAGACUCUAACCUGUACCGGAUUGGACAGAGUAAAGUGUUCUUCCGGGCUGGAGUUUUGGCUCAUCUGGAGGAGGAGCGGGAUAUUAAGAUCACAGACGUCAUCCUCAAAUUCCAGGCCUGGUGUCGUGGAUAUGUGGCAAGGAAGGCAUUUGCUAAGCGGCAGCAGCAGCUGACUGCUAUGAGAGUGAUCCAGAGAAACUGUGCUGCAUACCUCAAACUCAGGAACUGGCAGUGGUGGAGACUCUUCACCAAGGUGAAGCCUCUGCUGCAGGUGACCCGGGAGGAGGAGAAGAUGCAGGCCAUGGAAGAAGAGCUGGAGAAGGUGAAGGAAAGACAGCAGCAGGCUGAUCAGCAACUCCAAGAGCACAUGGAACAUCAGAAGCAGCUGAUUGCGGAGAAGCAGGCCCUGCAGGAGCAGCUGCAAGCGGAGACAGAACUAUGUGCAGAGGCAGAAGAGAUGAGGGCUCGCCUGUCCGCACGGCAGCAGGAACUGGAAGAGAUCCUUCAUGACCUGGAGUCUCGCGUGGAGGAAGAGGAGGAGCGGGUUUCCCACCUGCAGACUGAGAGGAAGAAGAUGCAACAAAACAUUACAGAUCUGGAGCAGCAGCUGGAUGAGGAGGAAGCUGCUAGGCAGAAGCUGCAGCUGGAGAAGGUCACACUGGAUGCUAAGCUAAAGAAGAUUGAGGAGGAUGUCAUGGUGCUGGAUGACCAAAAUAUUAAGCUCAACAAGGAGAAGAAGCAGCUGGAGGAGAGAAUUGCUGAGUUCAGCUCAAACCUCACUGAGGAGGAGGAGAAAUCCAAGAGUUUACAAAAGUUGAAGAACAAACACGAGGCAAUGAUCACAGACCUGGAAGAUCGUCUGCGGCGGGAGGAGAAAGCCCGGCAGGAGCUGGAGAAGAAUCGUAGAAAGUUGGAGGGUGACUCCACAGAGCUUCACGAUCAAAUCGCUGAGCUGCAGGCCCAAAUUGCUGAGCUUCGUGCUCAGCUGGCUAAAAAAGAGGAGGAGCUACAGGCUGCACUGGCCAGGAUUGAGCAGGAGACUUCUCUGAAAAAUGCUGCUCAGAAAACCAUCCGGGACCUGGAGGCUCAGCUGUCUGAGCUGCAGGAGGACCUGGAGCUGGAGAAAGCAGCUCGAACUAAGGCAGAGAAACAAAAGCGAGACAUCAGUGAAGAGCUAGAGGCCUUGAAGACUGAGCUGGAGGACACUCUAGACUCUACUGCUGCUCAGCAGGAGCUCAGAGCUAAAAGGGAGACAGAGGUGGUUCAGCUAAAGAAGACUAUGGAGGCUGAAGCUCAGGCUCAUGAGCAGCUUCUGGCUGAAGUGCGACAGAAACACACACAGGCCUUAGAGGAGCUCAAUGAGCAGCUGGAGCAAUCCAAGAGGAGCAAAGCAUCAGUGGAUAAGGCCAAGCAUGCUCUUGAGAGCGAGCGCAGUGAAUUGCAGAUAGAGCUGCAGUCUCUCACCCAGAGUAAAAACGACUCUGAGCACCGCAGGAAGAAAGCUGAGACUCUGCUCCAGGAGCUGCAGCUCAAACAUGCAGAGAGUGAGCGCCAGAGGAAGGAGCUCAGCGAAAAAGUCACCAAAAUGCAGUUGGAGUUUGACACGUUGAGCAACACACUCACGGAGGUGGAGAGUAAGUCCAUCAAAGUAGCAAAAGACUCCUCUGCUGUUGAGUCUCAGCUACAAGACACACAGGGUCUGCUGCAGGAGGAGACCCGUCAGAAGCUGGCUCUGAACUCUCGGCUCCGUCAGCUGGAGGAUGAGCAGAAUCGGCUGAAGGAGCAGCUGGAGGAGGAGGAGGAGAGCAAGAAGAGCGUGGAGAAGCAGCUUAGCUCUGCUCAGGCACAGCUGUCAGAGAUGAGGAAGAAAAUGGAGGCAGAGGCACUGGCUCUGGAGAACUCUGAGGAGGGGAAGAAGAAGCUGCAGCGUGAGCUGGAGUCACUAAACCAGCGACUGGAUGAGAAAUGCUCUGCCUAUGACAAACUGGAGAAAACUAAAGUUCGUCUGCAACGUGAACUGGAUGAUGUUCUGGUGGGACAGGACCAACUGAGGCAGAUCUCUCAGGAGCUCGAGAGGAAGCAAAAGAAAUUCGAUCAGAUGCUGGGUGAGGAGAAGAGUGUGUCUGCACGUUAUGCUGAAGAGCGUGACCGUGCAGAGGCUGAAGCACGAGAGAAGGAGACAAAGGCUCUGGCUUUGGCCCGUGAGCUGGAGGCCAUGACUGACCAGCGUAAUGAACUGGACCGAGCCAGCAAGCUGCUGAAAGCAGAGAUGGAAGACCUGGUCUCCUCUAAGGACGAUGUGGGAAAGAGCGUUCAUGAGCUGGAGCGUGCCAAGCGUGCGCUGGAGCAGCAGGUGGAGGAGAUGAAGACGCAGGUGGAGGAACUGGAGGACGAGCUGCAGCUCACUGAGGAUGCUAAGCUGCGUCUGGAGGUCAACCUGCAGGCCCUCAAAGCUCAGUUUGAUCGUGACCUGCAGGGCCGAGACGAGCAGGGAGAGGAGAAGAGAAAGCAGCUGGUGAAACAGGUACGAGAGAUGGAGGCAGAGUUAGAGGAUGAGAAGAAGCAGCGUGCUCAGGCAGUGUCUGUGCGUAAGAAGCUGGAGUUGGACCUUUCUGAUCUGGCAGCUCAGAUCGAGCUCGCUAACAAAGCCAGAGAUGAAGCUCUGAGACAGCUGAAAAAACUGCAGGUCAUACAGAAGGAGCAGAUGCGGGAGCUGGAUGAUGUGCGUGUGUCUAGAGAUGCAGCACUGAAUGAGGCUAAGGAGAGCGAACGCAAGCUGAAGAGUCUGGAGGCAGAAAAUAUGCAGCUACACGAGGACUUGGCCUCUGCUGAGCGUGCCAAGAAACAGAUCCAGCAAGAAAGAGAUGAACUACAGGAUGAGCUGAAUAGCCACAACUCCAAAUCGUCUCUGCUGAGUGAGGACAGGAGAAAGCUGGAGGCUCGUAUUGCUCAGCUGGAGGAGGAGCUAGAUGAAGAGCAGUCUAACAUUGAGUUGAUCAACGACCGGCUAAAGAAAUCCACAAUGCAGGCUGAGUCGACGGCCACUGAGCUCGCAGCUGAGCGUAGUAACAGCCAACGUCUGGAGGGGGCGCGCUCUCAGCUGGACCGCCAGACCAAGGAGCUGAAGGCCAAACUGCAGGAGCUGGAGGGAUCGGUCAAGAGCAAGUACAAGUCCACCAUCACAACCUUGGAGGCAAAGAUCGCACAGCUGGAGGAGCAGCUGGACAACGAAAGCAAGGAGAGGCAGCAGUCACUGAAGUUGACGCGUCGUACCGAGAAGAAGUUGAAGGAGGUUCUGCUGCAGGUGGAGGAUGAGAGACGUAAUGGUGAACAGUAUAAAGAUCAGCUGGAGAAGGCUAAUGUCCGCCAGAAGCAGCUGAAGCGACAGCUGGAGGAGGCAGAGGAAGAAGCAACUCGGGCUAAUGCCUACCGCAGGAAACUGCAGAGAGAGCUGGAAGAUGCCACUGAGUCAGCUGACGCAAUGAACAGAGAGGUUUCCAGUCUGAAGACCAAACUCAGGCGUGGUGGAGGUGGGGAUUUCUCCCUGAAUGUACGUCGUGGUGUCGUGACCCGUGGAGGCGGGGACAGCGAGGAGGAUAUGGACGUGACUAGCGAGACGUCAGAACCUACACCUGAGUAACCUGCUGAAAACCAAACAGAUUCUUCACACUGUCUAUCCUGGAUCUUUUAAUGGGUCUUCACUGGAAUUGCUUUAAUCAGAUGUAAAACCUUUAACAUGCCCCCUGUACUUUGAUAUGCAAACAUUAUUCAUAUAAAUAAUAUUUUAAAAUAAUGUAUAAAUAAAAAAAUAAAUAUUCAUUCUAAUGUAAAUUAAAUUAGAAUACACAAUGAAGGGGGCUGGCCGUCAAAUACAGCAGCACUUAUAAUGGUUAUUUUUAAUAUGUAUGUAGAGCCCCAAGACCAAAUUCAUUCUUCAUAUGUGCCUAAACUUGUUAAGAUCCAGCUGCUUCAGCAGAAACUUGAGAACAGUGGCUAAAUUGUUUAUUUACACCUCCAUUUUGUCCAGCUCCUCUCUCAAUUGCCUUACAUUUUUUUUCUAGAUUACUUCCCUUGUAUUCUUCCACUGGCUGUUGCUUUUGGAUGCACAAAAAUGGCUUUUUGCUUCUUAAUCGAAACGAGAUUAGCAUAGGAUUAUCCACCAAAUGUGUACACUUGUUGUUUUUGCUUUGAUCGUAAGACGUUUUUUGUUACACCGUUAUAAUACAGCACUGUGUUCCAUUCCACACCAAAAUCACGUUUUACUUCCUGUACUGAUUGUGCACGUUAUAAAGAUGCCUUUUAAUUCGGUUAGUGUCUCAGGAACAUUUGAACAGUGUUUCCAUCAUUACUGUACCGGUCCAGACUGUAUUACACUUUUAUUUAGCCUUAAUGUUUCUCACUGUACUGUUCUCACUUCAUAUCCAGUCUUUAUUAAUAAUGAAUUAUAGGGUGUUUAAGUUUCUGGGUGGAGGGAUUCACAUUGAAAUGUAUGUCUGUUUCCUAGGGCAGUUUUGGUCUGUGCUGGUCUCUGCUGCCUUUGUGUGUCAUCCAGCUUUUAGAAGAGAAUAAUGCACCCUCACUGUUUGAAUUCUCUUCUUUAUUCUCUCUGCAGUGAUUUAAUAUAUGAAUUCGUCUGUUAAAGUUGCAGGUUUCUCAUGAUAAUGCAACACAGCCACUUUUUUGUACUGAACUUGCAUUUAUGCAUUUUGUACCUUUUUAUCGAGACUUGAUCACAAUUUCAUUAAAGAUGCGUCCAAAGCA